UCCAAAUUCACACUCAAAAACCAGAUAUGGAAAUUACUCGCCUUCUUUCUCUGUUUCUUCUGAUUUCGUUUCUCAUUCCUCGUAUGGUUCUUGGAACUGCCGAGCUUAGAGCUCUGAUGGAGUUGAAGUCCUCUCUGGACCCAGAUGGCAAGAUCCUAGCUUCGUGGAUCAGUGACGGUGAUCCAUGCAGUGGCUUGUUCGAAGGGGUUGCGUGCAACCAGAACCAGAAAGUGGCCAACAUCUCCUUGCAGGGAAAGGGUCUUUCGGGCUGGCUAUCUCCAGCACUGGCUGAACUCAAAUGCUUGUCAGGUUUAUACUUGCAUUAUAACAACCUUUCUGGUGAGAUACCCCCACACAUUUCAAAUCUCACUGAUCUGGCUGAUCUCUAUCUCGACGUGAAUAGUUUAUCUGGAACUAUUCCUCCUGAGCUCGGCAACAUGGCUAGUCUCCAAGUGCUGCAGUUGGGUGAUAACCAGUUGGUGGGGAAUAUACCGACACAGAUGGGUUCGUUAAAGCAGCUUAGUACUCUUGCUUUGCAAUAUAACAAGUUAACUGGUCAAAUUCCCCUUAGCUUGGGGACGCUAGAGAAGUUAAGAAGGCUAAAUUUGAGCUUCAACAACUUUAAUGGUACUGUUCCGGCAACACUAGCACAUCUUGAACAUUUGGAAGUUCUAGACGUUCAGAAUAAUUCUUUAUCAGGAAUCGUUCCUUCGGCAUUGAAGAAACUUGGGGAAGGUUUCCAAGGUGCAAACAAUCCGGGUUUAUGUGGAGUCGAGUUUUCUACUUUGAGAGCUUGCAACAAAGAUCAGAAUUUAAACGUCAACCAUAUUGAUACCUUGGAUCGAGAUCAACCCAAAAAGGCUCUUCCAGAGCCUGCAAAUGUUCAGUUGCAUUGUGAUCACACCCAUUGUUCAAAAUCAAGGUUUCCUCAAAUUGUCAUCACUGCAGGUGUUAUAGCUGUUAGUCUUACAUUCGUAUGUGCUGGGUUUUUGACAUUCUUCAGAUACCGCCGUCAAAAGCAACGGAUCAGCAAUACAUCAAGUUCUUCUUCUCAAGGGAAACUUGGUCCUUACCAGCCUAAAGAGUUGUACACAAAAAGUCCUUCUGCACUUGUUAAUAUUGAGUAUUAUAGUGGGUGGGAUCAUUUGUCUAACGGCCAAAACGCUGAUGCCGGUGGGUUAUUGAAUGACUAUCUAAGUCAAUUCAGGUUUAAUGUAGAUGAGGUUGAAUCUGCAACACAGUAUUUCUCGGAAGCCAGUUUACUUGGUAAGAGCAAAUUCUCAGCAGUUUAUAAAGGAGUUAUCAGAGAUGGUUCUCUUGUUGCUAUCAGAAGCAUCAGCGUGACAUGCUGUAAAACCGAGGAAGCCGAAUUUGUAAAGGGGUUGAACUUACUAACCUCUCUGAGACAUGAAAACCUUGUUAGGCUGAGAGGUUUUUGUUGCUCAAGGAGUAGAGGUGAAUGUUUCCUUAUCUAUGACUUUGCCACCAUGGGUAACCUUUCCCGAUAUCUUGACUUGGAAGAUGGAAGUGACCAUGUGCUCGAGUGGUCCAAAAGAGUUUCUAUCAUCAACGGCAUUGCAAAGGGCAUUGGAUAUCUUCAUAGCAAUGAUGCAAGCAAACCUACAAUAGUUCACCAGAAUAUUUCAGUGGAAAAUAUUCUCCUAGACCAUCAAUUUAAUCCAUUGAUCAUGGAUGCUGGACUACCUAAGCUUCUUGCAGAUGAUGUUGUUUUCUCAGCUCUUAAAGUAAGUGCUGCAAUGGGAUACUUGGCUCCCGAAUACAUUACUACCGGACGAUUUACUGAGAAGAGUGACAUAUACGCAUUUGGAGUUAUUAUUCUUCAAGUUCUGUCUGGCAAGACGACAAUAGGUAGUUCAAUACGUACAGCAGUUGAGUCUUUCAGGUUUGAUGAUUCUGUUGAUGCCAAUCUUAGGGGAACGUAUUCAAAAUCUGAAGCAGCUACACUUUCAAAGCUUGCAAUACAGUGUACUCAUGAAUCUCCUGACCAAAGACCAACAGUGGUGGAUGUGAUUCAGGAGUUGAGUGUGUCUUCUGCUCAUUUGUAAUCAUAUACUACUACUGUCUAUUGUUAUUGGGAGACGUUUAGACACUUCCCGAUAGUUGGGUUGGGUUUCAUAUACAUGCUACUAUUUCUUUGAGCAAUAUACUUUAAAACUAGCCAUUGCCAAAUAAUUGUGGAUCUAAAUGGAUUCCUUUCCCGUUGUUACGAA